GCCGGGCGCGGAAGUUGCUGGCGGCCUCGUGCCCUCCCGUCCAGGCCCGCAGCCAUGUCGUCAGGGGACGCGGGGUCGGGCGGGCGGGAGGGGCCCCCGCGUGCGGCUGCCGCGCUCUGCGGCCUGUACCACGAGGCCGGGCAGCGGCUGAGGCGCCUGCAGGACCAGCUGGCCGCUCGAGACGCCCUCAUAGCGCGCCUCCGGGCCCGCCUGGCCGCGCUGGAGGGAGACGCGGCGCCCUCGCUCGUGGACGCGCUGCUGGAGCAGGUGGCGCGCUUCCGGGAGCAGCUCCGGCAGCAGGAGGGCGGCGCCGCCGAGGCCGCGCUGCGCCAGGAAAUUGAGAGACUUUCUGAACAACUAGAAGAGAAAGAGAGGGAGACACAGCAGCUGAUGAGCCAGCCGGAGCACGAACGAGAGAAGGAAGUUGCCCUGCUGCGGAGGAGCGUGGCCGAGAAGGAGCGGGCCCGGGCAGCCAGUGACAUUCUGUGCCGCUCCUUGGCUGACGAGACUCAUCAACUGCGGAGGACUCUAGCCGCCACUGCCCACAUGUGCCAGCAUCUGGCCAAGUGUCUGGAUGAACGACAGCGUGCACAGGGGGACGCGGGGGAGAGACACCCUGAGCCAGAGUGUACAGGCAGGGAUGCCUCUAUCCAGGCUGUUAUUGAGAAGUUACAGGAAGAAAAUCGACUGUUAAAACAGAAGGUGACUCAUGUAGAAGACCUCAAUGCCAAGUGGCAGCGCUAUGAUGCCAGCAGGGAUGAGUAUGUGAGAGGACUGCACGCACAGCUGAGGGGACUGCAGGCCCCCACCGAGUCCGAGAGACCCUCCCCUCCCGAGCUGAUGAGGAAGGAGAUCUCCCGGCUCAACAGACAGGUGGAGGAGAAAAUGAAUGACUGUGCAGAAGUGAAGCAGGAGCUGGCGGCUGUGCGGAGGGCCCGGGACGCAGCGCUGGAGCGGGUGCAGAUGCUGGAGCAGCAGAUUCUUGCUUACAAGGAUGACUUCACAUCAGAAAGGGCAGAUCGAGAAAGGGCUCAAAGUAGGAUUCAAGAACUUGAGGAAAAGUUGGCCUCCCUGCAGCACCAGGCGUCCUGGAGACAGGACUCCCGAGAGCCAGGCUCCUGCCGGAUUCACACUGGGAGCAGAAUCCCCAAGGACUUAGAGACCAAUGCUUUGCAGCUUGUGGUGCCCAGUGGCCGGAGGCCUGGGACUGGAUCUCAGUGGCAGGAACGCUCCGGAGCAACCCGGAGAGGCCAGGGUGACCUUCAGUGCCCUCACUGCCUGCAGUGCUUCAGCGAUGAGCAAGGCGAGGAGCUCUUCAGGCACGUGGCUGAGUGCUGCCAGUGAGCCCCAAGGCCAGGACCGCCUGUGCCCCUGUGGCUUCUGAGGGGGCCCGGCCCUGGGGGACAGAGUGGGUGCUCUCAGCAUGCAGUGCUGAGAUCCCCUGAGAUCCAGGCCCCCAGAACAGGCUGGGGGUGCUUCUCAUCCUUACCUUGACCCCCUUCGAGCUAUGGAACAGAUCGGGACAAAAGGAACUUCCAGCGGGGCUGGAGGCUGGAGGCAGAGAUGGGGGUUGAGAGCAUCUGCACCCAGGAGGGGCCAGCUUUGCUUCUGGUAUGGAGUUUGGGGCCCAAGCUGUCAGGCUGAGGCCGGGAGCAAUCUG